AUGGCAACAGUUCUUAAUCUACGCCUGAAUGCACCACGCCUGAAAAUCGCAACCUUUUCUGGUACUUUGAGACCUUCUGCAUUCUUCAAGAGUUCAAUCCAAUUCAGUUUCAGCUGUGAUGCCAGUUCUUGUAUGCUAGAAAAGUAUGGUCAAUUGCUUGAUUCAUGUUCCACGCACAAGGAUUUAGUUCGAGCCAGGCUGAUCCAUGCUCACAUUGUAAUCCAAAAUUUUGAGCAACAUUCAUUUCUUUCAUCCAAGCUUGUCUUUGUUUACUCUGCUUGUGGGAAAACCACUUUGGCAAGAUUACUUUUUGAUGGGCUUCUCAAUCCAUCAACAUUUGCAUGCAAUUCAAUGAUUAGAGGGUAUGUGAAUAAUGGUCUGAACCAGGAAGCCUUGGAUUUCUUUUACCAAAGGAGAGAAGCAGGAUUUAGACCAGACACUUAUACCUAUUCAUCCAUUAUCAAGGCCUGCGCUUCGCUACCGGACCAUGAACAUGGGAGAAAUGUUCAUGAGCUAGUUAAAGAAAGUGGGCUUGACGCUGAUGUAUAUGUCUGCAAUGCACUUAUUUCCAUGUAUUCGAAAUUUCAUUGUGCAUCGGAAGCAGUCCAAAUAUUUGAUAGAAUGUCCGAGAGAGAUAUGGUUUCAUGGAAUUCAGUAAUUGCGUGCUAUAUACAGAAUGAUUUAGAUGAAGCAGCAGUGGUAGCUUUGAAGGAAAUGAUGAAAGAGGGUUUCCGGCCGGAUCAGGUAACCAUUAUCAGCAUUCUGUCUGUCUGCUCAUAUGCGACUGGUAGAGAAUUUCACAGUUACGUUCUUACCAGUGGCUUUGGAUCAACUGUGGUUAUAGCAAAUUCUCUUAUUUCCAUGUAUGGGAAGUGCGGAAAACUUAAAGAAGCACAAGGAAUUUUUGAUACUUUAGUUCAACCUGAUCGUGUUACCUGGAAUGCGUUGAUUGCUAGUUAUUCUCGAAAUGGCCGAUACGAAGAAAGCCUAAGACUUCUUCGUGAUAUGAAGGCUGUAGGAAUGCAUGUAGAUGAAGUCACAUACUCUGGAAUUAUCUCUGCCUUUUCUCAGAACAAUCAUCCUCAAGAUGCUCUCAGGCUCUUCCUUCAGAUGCUCAACGCAGGUCUCAAACCUGAUGCUGUAGCCAUUGCGAGCGUGCUUCCUGCUUUAUCAGACGUGCGAAGUCUUGAUUGCUGCAAAGAAAUUCAUGGGUAUUCAUAUAGGAACAGUGUAGAAUCAGACAAGAGAAUUAGGAAUGCUCUAGUCUCUGUUUACAGCCAAUGUGGAUCAGUAAAGUAUGCAGAAAAUGUUUUUUCCAGAAUAUCAAAUAAAGAUGUUGUCUCUUGGAGUUCCAUGAUCGUGGGAUAUACACAGAAUGGCUGUCUAAACGAGGCCAUUAAAGUUUUCAGAAAUAUGUGCCAGAGUAACACUAAACCAAAUCCAAUCACAAUUACCAGUAUCUUAUCUGCAUGCGCAAGAGUCUCUAGCCUCAAACAUGGAAAAGAAAUACAUUCAUGGUUACUAAAACAAGGGUUUCAUGUCCAUACCUUUGUAGGAAGUGCUCUUAUUGAUAUGUACUCAAAGUGUGGAAGAAUCAACAGUUCAAGAACAGUGUUCAACAAGAUGCCAGAGAAAAAUCUUGUUUCGUGGAAUGUGAUGAUUGCUGGUUAUGCAGUUCAUGGGCAAGGCGGCAAUGCUCUAAAACUAUUCAAAAUGGUGGAGCACCCAGAUGAGGUUUCUUUUCUGGCUGCUCUGUCUGCUUGUAGCCAUGGAGGGCUUGUAGAAGAUGGCAUUGAUAUUUUUAAUGAAAUGAAGAUCUUAAAGAUAACACCCAGACAAGACCACUAUGCAUGUCUUGUGGAUAUACUUGGGCGAGCAGGACGGUUGGAUGAAGCACUGGCAAUGAUCAAGGAUAUGCCGGUCGAAUCUAAUAUUAGCAUUUGGGGAGCCUUACUAGGAGCAUGCAGAGUCUAUCACAAUUUGGAGCUUGGAAUUUACUCAGGAAAACAGAUGCUUGAAUCAGGAUGCAACGAUUCAGGGCUCCAUGUCCUGUUAUCAAACAUUUUUGCAGAAUUUGGGAAAUGGGAAGAUGUGGAAACGAUAAGGAAGUCAAUGAAAGAUAGAGGAUUGAAAAAGAAAGUCGGCUGCAGUUGGAUAGAAGUAGACAACCAAGUGCAUUCCUUCGUGGCAAGAGAUAGGGCACACCCUGAAUGGGAGAUUGUGUGUCAAGUAUCGAGGGAUCUGAACAACCAGAUCAAUGAAUUCACGUGGCCUUCACAUGCUUCAAGCUGA